AUGUCAACAUCCACAACCAACAACAACAGCGCCUCGAUCAAGAAUGAUGAUCCAGAAUCCGGUUCCGAUUCGAGCGGCCGCCAGUAUGCGUCGAUUGCCGAAAUGUGGAAUGCCCAGGGAGUGGGUGCCUAUACUCCCCGCUCCCGGAUCCAACAAGUGUGGUAUGACAAGGCCACAGAUUGGUACGAAGAGAAUUGUCCUGCAACGGUGGAUGGCGUCUUGGGUGGUUUUGCGUCCAUCAGUGAGAUUGAUUUGAAGGGGUCCCAUGCAUUUUACAAGAACUGGACCCUGGGGGCUGGUUGUGAAUGUGGAGCUGGAAUUGGCCGUGUUACCAAGGUGACUCAGGUUGAUUUGGUGGAAUCGUCGUCUCGAUUGCUAUGCGAGAGUCCCGAGUAUAUCGGCGAAGAAGGAGCGGCCAACUGUAAAUUUUAUUAUUGGACUCCUCCAUCGGGCCGGUAUUAUACCAUUAUCUGGAUUCAAUGGGGAGUGAUCGUGGUGAAAGAAAAUACAACUGGUGAUGGGGAAACCUUUGUGGUGGACAAUGACGAUGUAUCAGUCUGUCGAUCGUUGCCGUAUUGGUUGAAGUUGAUUGAAAAGGCUGGUCUGAAAGUGGUUUACCAAAAGAUGCAAACGGACUUUCCCCCCGACAUCUUUCCAGUUCCCAUGCUGGCAUUGACAAAACAAUAA